CUUUGCCCUCAAGAAUCGGCUCUGAAGCCCCAUGCUUGCCAGAACAACCCAAAAACCCCUAAACCCCCUUCCUUUCACUCUGACGUUCAAGACUCCGUAGCGUUUUCUUGUUUCUGUCCGAUUUAAAAAACUAACUUAACUCACUGAGUCAGAACUGAAUUGAAUUAGAAUCGGAGAGAUGCAGGACGGAGAGUCAGGACCUCUGAAGAGAGAGCUAUACGCGGUGCUGCAAGUGUCGCCAGAGGCCACCGAUGAAGAAAUCAGAAAGGCUUAUCGCCACUGGGCUCAAGUGUACCACCCUGACAAAUACCAAGACCAACAUAUGAAGGAAAUAGCUACUCAGAACUUUCAAAGAAUAUGUGAAGCUUAUGAAAUAUUAUCAGACGAGAAUAAAAGGGUAAUUUAUGACAUAUAUGGAAUGGAAGGAUUAACUUCUGGUUUGGAACUUGGCCCAAAGCUGAACAAACCAGAAGAAUUAAAGGAAGAACUUGAAAGGUUAAAACGGAUGAAAGAACAAGAAAAGAUGGCGGCCCAUUUCCGACCAUCUGGUACGGUAUUGGCCAACUUAUCUUUACCACAGUUUCUGGAUGGUGACGGCAUAAUGAGAGGAAUGGCUAUGUCUAGUGAAGUCCAUUCGCAAUUAUCAAAACGUAAUAUUAUUGCUAUUGGUGGGAAUUUGGAAGUUCAGGAAAAUGCUGGUGGUGCAUCUGCUAGUGCUGUGCUUGUACAUCAGCUUUCUUCAGCUUCAUCCAUAGAAUUUAUGGCCGCAGCUGGUCUACGAGCACUUAUUGGAGUACAAACUACACGUCAACUGUCUUUACACUCAACAGCAACAAUCGCCAUUGCAAAGUCUUUGAGAGAUGGUUCAAUAAAUCUUUCCAAUACGUGGACCCGACAACUCUCUGAAACAACAAAUGGAAAUAUACAGCUUCUUUUAGGUCCAGAAUCUUCUAUAGUGGUUGGAUUGCGAAAGAAGGAUAGAAAGAUGACUGCUGCUGGACAGUUGAAGAUUGGUACAAGUUCUUUUGAAGCAUCAGCUCAUUAUACUCAUCGCUUUUCUUCAAAGUCUCAUGGUCGUAUUGCCGGCAGACUUGGGAGUACUGCUAUGGAGAUUGAAGUUGGCGGUGGAAGAAAAAUAUCUGAAUUUAGCACCGUUAGAAUGCUGUAUACAAUAGGAAUUCAGGGCAUCUUUUGGAAAUUUGAAUUGCAUCGUGGUGGACAAAAGUUGAUUAUUCCUGUGUUGCUUUCUGAACAUUUGAAUCUGGCUUUUGCAACUGGAGCAUUUCUAUUUCCUACAUCACUCUACUUUUUCCUAAAGAAAUACAUUAUCAAACCAUAUUACCUUAAAAGGGAGAAGCAGAAGGCUUUAGAGAAUAAAGAGAAAACUUCUGCCCAGGUUCAAGAGGCAAGGGCAGCAGCAGAAAAAGCCCAGCAAUUGUUACAACAUGUGGCCAAUAGAAAAAGAAAUAGGCAAGUAGAAACAAAUGGACUGGUUAUUACGAGAGCAUUGUAUGGAAGUUGCAGAGCUUUGAAGAAAGGAGAAGAACAAAGAGCAGUGGACGACAAAUUAGCUUCAGAAGUCAUCGAUGUUACAGUGCCUUUAAAUUUCCUGGUUAAUGAUUCUGGACAAUUGAAGCUUCACGAGGGUGUAAAGAAGUCGGGCAUUAUGGGCUUCUGUGAUCCUUGUCCUGGAGAACCUAAGCAGUUACACGUGGAGUACACUUGUGGUGGCCAAAUAUUUGAGGUCACAGUAGAUGAUUAUGCAGAGCUGUCAAUACCGCAAGAGGCCCAUAGACUCUGAUUUUCACCAAGUUAAUUAUUGCUUUAAUUAAGACAAAAGGUUGUCUCUUGCAAUUUUGGCGUGCCUUUUGAGGUAACUGCAACAAUAGAUGAUUACCUUUUUUUGUUCCAUUGUACAUGUAUAUUAUCUCGAUUGAAAUUACUUGUCCAACUAGGGCAUCACUUAACAUUAUUUUUUCCAGUGCAACCUUAUUAAUAAAUUUUGCCAUCAUUUUCUUGUUUUAGA